AUGGGCAUCUAUUAUAGUCUGAUAUCGGCUUUUUCAUCACCAACAUCGACUAAUAAUCGAAAUGUUCAUUCAAUAAUACAUGUAAAAUCUUUAAAAAAACGACGACGUCGUUAUAAGCGACAUCAUUUAUCAAAUCAUUUUUCCUUGGGUACAAAUCAUUUUUUUCUUAAUAGACAAACACAUAAAUGUCUUUUUCAUGAAUAUUAUAUAUUAAAUUCAAAUACGGAUAUAUUAACACCCGUCAAUUUAAAUAUAUCAUUACCAAAAUUAAAUUAUUCAACAACAAUACAUCCGAUAAAAUGUACAAUUGCAAUAAGGCGAGAUUCACUAAAAUUAAUUCAUUAUUAUGAAGAUUGGUAUUCAAUUGAUUUUAUAUUUGAUGCUGAUCGACCAGUUCAAAUUUACAUCUAUUUUAUGGCACAUGAAGUCCAUACAAAUAAUAAUGGAACUUUAUCAUACAUGUGUUGUAGAAAAAUAAAUCAAUUAGAUGGGGUUAAACAGUACUAUGCUUUUACACGACCAGCUGGUCAUGGACAAAUAUUUUCAUCGAUCAAACACGACAUUCUAUUUCCUUUAUCAGCUAUGAAUGAAGAACAUUAUGGAUGUACAAUAACAGAACAAUUGUAUCCUAUUGUUAUUGUUGGUAAAGCAAUCAAGGCCGAUUUAAUAAAAAGUCCAAAAACUAUAUGUGGUACAGUGGUGAAUCAACAUAGCAAUAUUACUACAACAAUCUUUCCAACAUUUGAUCAAUAUCAUAUUGUUUUAGCAACAGUAAAAUAUUUUCAACUAAUUAAUCGAACAACCAAGAUAGCUUCUGAUCGUGCAUCUAUUGUUUCACUUAGUCAAAAACAUGUUUAUAAUGGAAUUGUUUUUAAAUUAUUUGAAUUUUAUGGUAUUGAAAAUCAUCAAUCAAAAUUUUCAACAAAUAAUCUAAAUGAUCAACGAAAAACUUCAACAAGAAAAAAAUCUUUGAUUAAAAUUGUUACAGCACCAACUAUUUCUGAGAAUGAACCUCUGGCAAAUAUGAAUAUAACAAAGCGUACCGAUGACAUAUCAUUAUUCAAUCAAGAAAGUAAACAAGCACAUACAACAAAAAAAUCUUUAUCAUGUAUGGAUUUAAUAUUAAAUAAUAAAAAUGAAAGUACGUGUGUUAUUUGUCUAACGGAUAUACGAAAUGUUUUACUUCUUCCAUGUCGACAUUUAUGUCUAUGUAAAACUUGUGCUGAAAAUCUCAAAUUUCAAUCAUCCCAUUGUCCAAUAUGUCGUAUACCAUUUCGUGCUUUAUUACAAAUCAAUGCUUUACGUCAUCAUCAAAUUUAUCAAUAUGAUAGUGAUGAAUAUAUAUAUGAAAAUAUAUCAAUAAUUGAUGCUUUAAAUUUAGCAACAACAAUAAUAAGAAAAACAAAUUCUUUAAAACAAAUUCAUAAUAAUCAUAAAUCAAUAUCAACUAAUGAUUUUAAGUAUUUUUGCAGUGAACAUAUUGUAUAA